AUUACAGAGUUCAGUGCUGCUUUUAAAAACAUUUAAUUCUUUGCAAUUUAAUUUUUAGGAUGUGAUGAAGCUGCCAUUGUCCUGCUGCAAUCACUGACCUAACGUCCAUACCAACAUAAUAUUGGGAGCUACAACCCAGAAUGGCGGUGCCAGGUGGCCGUGUUGGGGUACCUGGGGGUCUCCAGGACCUAGGUACCAUUGACUGGGGAGGAAACGACAUCCCGGAGCAGCCUACAUCAACAGAGGGUCUGAGGCAGCAGCAACGGCAACUCAUCAGAGAGCAGGACGAGGGUUUGGACGUGCUGGCCUCGGUAAUAUCCCGACAAAGGCAGAUGGCCGGCGCCAUCGGAGCGGAGAUCGAGGAACAGAGCGCACUGAUUGACGACAUCUCCGAUCUGGCGGAGCGGGGAGCCGCACGGAUCGAACACCAGACUCGCCAGGUGCGCCGCGUCGACCGGAAAGAGUCCGGCACAUGCUGGUACUGGGUGGUCAUAAUCGCUCUUAUGAUAGCCAUCGUGGUCAUCUUCCUGUGGUGACCUCCCGCCAACGGUCACGUGACUUCUGAGUGACCAGGUGGACAGCGGCUAGUGAGGUCACGUGACUUAGUUGGUCGAGUAGGCAGUGGCUGGACGGGACGUGGCAUUUCACGAUUGGUCGCGUUAAAGCGGUACUGUUGGCUCCAGUGGAUUGAUGCGAAUGACAUAUGUGCUGCUAAAGCAUGCACCUCGUCUCAAACUAAAUAGUUGGCUAUACAACCUGUGAAAACUUGGUAGCGAAUAACUUCUUCGAAGGCUGCUCACUUUGGCGUUGCGUUUAAUAUCACCUGAUCUCCCCUCGUCCCACACCCACGUUGUAACUGAUGGCUAAUGGAUGGUCCGGCUGAAGUGUGCUGCAUGCGCCAAAAGGAAAAGUCCUUUCAUGACGUCAUUAUGAUACUCUUGUGACGUCAUUGAGAUAACGUAUUCUUAUCGUUUGUAACGGGUGGUAAUAUUGAUGUGUUCCCUGGGCAUGUAUGUGAAUGAGAGCUAAAGAACGCAAAUGAGCUCGAAGUCUACACGCUUCUGAAUGGUAUAGAGCAAAAGGAAUGUGCUUCAGUUUCGAUAGUAAUCGUAUGCGUGUAAUGGUAUCGCGUGUCGAUGGUGUACUUUGUGAAUGUUUUUGUACUUGUAUCGACAUGGUUAUCGUGACAUAUAAAAAAGGGCCUUCCCGGUAUUGUGUCGUGUAACAUCAUGCUGCUGUGUAUCGUAAUAUAUUUUAGUACUUGUCA